GCUGUGCUGGACAGCUGGAGCACCAACUCUCAUCAAACCGACUCCGCACACGUUGACGAAUCGGGGUCUCCCUUUCGUGCUUAGUGCAAGCGAAUUCAAUCCUCAGAUUCUACGCAAAAAAAGCUUAAUCGGAGAGCCACGGAGAUCAGAUCAUCAGCUCCGCAGACGCGCAAAUGGCAUCGCCAACGAAUAGAGCGCUUGAACGGUACAAGAGCGCCAUCACGGCCGCCACGUCCGUGGUGGGCGCGGCCAUGCUGCUGCGUCGGCUCGUCGCUGGCGUCCUCCCAGCCGGCACGCCGCCGCUGGUGGGCGCGCUGCUCCUCCUGCCGCCGCCCUCCGCCCGGCGCCACGCCGUGGUGAUCGAGGAGUUCGACGGCGCCUUCUACAACCGGGUCUUCCUAGCGGUCAGGGCGUACGUCUCCACGCUCCUCGCCGCGGCGCCGACCGGCGCGCCACCCGUGGUCAAGGCCAGCCUGCCGCGCGGCGCCGGCGCCGGCGCGGAGCAGAUCAGGCUCGCCAUGGGCCCCGGCACGGCCGUCGUGGACGUGUUCCGCGGCGCCGAGCUCACGUGGCGCCUGAGGAGUCACGGUCACGGCGGCGGCGCGGGCGAGGCGUUCAGGCUCAGCUUCGACGGGCAGCACAGGGACCUGGCGCUCGGCGCCUACCUGCCGUUCGUCAUGGCCCGCUUCGAGGCCAUGGCGCGGGACCGGAGGCAGGCCAAGCUCUACAGCAACGAGUGGGGGAAGUGGCGGUCCGUCAGGCUCCGCAACGCCUCCACGUUCGCGACGCUGGCCAUGGACGCGGCGCUGCGGCAGGACGUGCUGGACGACCUGGGCAGGUUCCUGGGCCAGAAGGAGUACUACGAGCGCACGGGGUGGGCGUGGAAGAGAGGCUACCUCAUCCACGGGCCGCCGGGGACCGGCAAGUCCAGUCUCGUGGCCGCCAUGUCCAACCACCUCCACUUCGACGUGUAUGACCUCGACCUCGGCGCCGUCCGGUCGAACACCGAGCUGAGGAAACUGCUGAUUCGGAUGAAGAGCAGGUCCAUACUGCUGAUCGAAGAUGUCGACUGCGCGUCGGUGACAGCGCAGAGCAGAGAAGCCGAUGCGAGCAACCCGGCUCCCAAGCAUCAAAAGGUCACCCUGUCCGGGCUGCUCAGCAUGGUGGACGGGCUCUGGUCCAGCAGCGGGCACGAGCGCAUCCUCGUCUUCACCACCAACCACAUGGACCGGCUCGACCCGGCGCUGAUCCGGCCGGGCCGGAUGGACAAGCGCAUCCACAUGGGCUACUGCGGUUUCGGCGCCUUCAAGGAGCUCGCGGCCAUCUACCACGGCGUCGACGCCCACCGCCUGUUCCCGGAGAUUGAAGCGUUGCUGCGGGAGGUGGACGUGGCGCCCGCGGAGCUCGCGGAAAAGCUGCUUGCGACGGACGACGCCGACGCCGCGCUCGAGACGGCCGCGAAGCUGCUGAGGGAUAGGGAGGCGGGGAUCGAGGAGGAUGGCGGCGGGUACGUCAAACAGAAGCUGCACGUGGGGCCGACCCGGGCCCGACCCCGCCCGCGGCCAGUGCCGGCGCCGGCGCGGGGUGUGAGUGCUGCGCGACAGGUGGUGUUUGGCGAGGAAAUCGUGCUGGGCAUCUCGCGGCGACAGGGGCACGGGUCUGGGCGGCGCGGUGCCGGUCAAGGUGGAAGUGGAAUGCGCGGACUGGGAAGGGGACGGCGAUAGGCCUCGGCCACGGCCAGUCGGGCUAGCUGCCAGUGCCAACUGCCAAGUCCAAGAAAAACAUUAGGAUGCUUAUGCUUUGUCUCGUGAGUGAGUUACUACCAUGCCAGCAUAACUUUUUUUUUGUAUGGAUAAAUAACAUAGGCACCUUUCAUUAGGCCCC